AUGGCCGAAGAACAGAAGACCCCCGUCACCAACACCGAAGCCGAGAAGGAUGUCCAGAGCGUCCUUGCCGAGCUGAAGGGUGAGGCUGGUGCUUCCGAACAGCCCGCACAGGACGCCGAUGAGGCCCGCAUCGUUGCUGAAGCUGCCAAGCUUGGCGAGAAGUCCGAGAAGGCCGAAGAGAAGUCAUCCGAGCCCCAAGAGAAGCGCGAGACCCGUAGCUUCCAGCGCGGUGGUCGCGGUGGCCGUGGCGGUGUUCGCCACAAGACCAAGUUCGACCCCUCUACCCUGGAGGAGACCGACGACCCUGUCGAGAUCCGUAAGCAGGUUGAAUUCUACUUCUCCGACUCUAACCUCCCCAUGGACAAGUUCCUGCUCUCCAAGGUCGGCGGCAGCGCCAACAACGCCGUCUCCCUUGAGCUCCUCCACUCCUUCAAGCGCAUGCGUCGCUUCCAACCUUUCACUGCCAUCGUCGAGGCCCUCAAGACCGCCGAGAACGUUGAGCUCGCUGAGAACGACACCGCCGUCAAGCGCAAGGUUCCUCUCCCCGAGUCCAUUGACGAGCUCGAUGAGAAGUCCGUCAAGGUCUUCGAGGAUGCCUCCAUGGCCCGCUCCGUCUACGUGAAGGGCUGGGGCUUCGGAGAGGAAGGCCCCACCACCCAACUCGAUAUCGAAAAAUUCUUCGCCCCUUACGGUCCCCUCAACGCUAUUCGUCUGCGUCGCACCAUCGACAAGACCUUCAAGGGUAGCAUCUUCGUCGAGUUCGUCAACGAGGACAAGCAGAAGGCUUUCCUCGCUCUGGAGGAGAAGCCCCAGUGGGAAGGCAAGGAGCUGACCUACAAGAGCAAGAAGGAGUACUGCGACGAGAAGGUCGAGGAGAUCAAGGCCGGCAAGGUCUACGCCUCCGACGCUCGCAAUCGCGGCCGCAUGGGUGGCCGUGGCCGUGGUGGCCGUGGUGGUCGUGGUGGUCGCGGACGUGGUGGCCGUGGUGGUGACCGCGACAACCGUGACUGGCGCGAUCGUCGCACCGAGGACCAGCAGAACGGCUUCCAGGCCCCCAAGGAGGCCCAGAAGGACGCUCGCGGCGUUCCUGUUGUCCAGAGCACCAAGCGCUCUCGCGACGACGAGGGUUCCAACGGUGACCACCCCGCCAAGAAGGCCGACACCAAGGAGUAA